UGGGAGUUCCUUCUGAGCUCUGAAAAGGGAAGUUGUAGAGUUUGGUGCUUUUCCAUUCAUUAUUCCUGCUGUUCCCGAUGGACCUCCAGACCGGCCAUCCCUGGCCUUGGCCUCCCCACACCCUGCAGUAGUCUGCUUUCCAGCGUUGCUAUGAUCUUACAUUCUCAGCAGAGUACACUCCGUUGAGUCAGGUUGCCUACGUUCAGAUGCUGCCUGUACGCCUCGACCUCAGAGUAUUCUUAUCUGUGAAAUGGGGACGAUAAUGUUCCUCCCUCAGAGGCUUGUUGUGAAGGUUAAGUUCAUUAAUACAUGGAACCAGAUCCAGAAUUGCCCGUAUCUCAGGCAGCCUGGAUUUUGAAAGCGCGAGCACUCACGGAAAUGGUGUAUGUUGAUGAAAUUGACGUCGGUCGGGAAGGAAUUGCAGAGAUGAUCCUGGAUGAAAACGCUAUUGCUCAGGUUCCACGCCCCGGAACAUCUUUGAAACUCCCUGGGACUGCUCAGACAGGAGCGCCUAGUCCGGCCGUCAGGCCGCUCACUCAAGCUGGAAGACCCAUCACAGGUUUCCUGAGACCCAGCACGCAAGGCGGGAGGCCGGGCACUAUGGAGCAGGCCAUCAGGACGCCCAGAGCCGCCUACACUGCCCGCCCGGUGACCAGCUCGUCCGGGAGAUUCGUGCGGCUGGGAACGGCGUCCAUGCUUACAAGUCCUGAUGGACCUUUCAUAAAUUUAUCUAGACUGAAUUUAACAAAAUAUGCCCAGAAACCUAAAUUGGCAAAGGCUUUGUUUGAGUAUAUCUUUCAUCAUGAAAAUGAUGUUAAGACUGCUCUGGAUCUGGCUGCCCUUUCCACGGAGCACUCGCAGUACAAGGACUGGUGGUGGAAAGUGCAGAUCGGCAAAUGCUACUACAGGUUAGGAAUGUAUCGUGAAGCAGAAAAACAGUUUAAAUCAGCCCUGAAACAGCAGGAAAUGAUUGAUACAUUUCUCUACUUGGCAAAAGUUUACAUUUCAUUGGACCAACCUGUGACUGCUUUAAACCUUUACAAACAAGGAUUAGAUAAGUUCCCAGGAGAAGUAACCCUCCUUUGCGGAAUUGCCAGGAUCCAUGAGGAAAUGAACGACAUCGCCUCUGCCGCCGAGUGCUACAAGGAAGUUCUGAAACAGGACAACACGCACAUGGAAGCCAUCGCGUGCAUCGGGAGCAACCACUUUUACUCCGAUCAACCAGAAAUUGCGCUCCGCUUUUACAGGCGACUGCUGCAGAUGGGGGUCUACAACUGCCAGCUCUUUAACAAUCUGGGGCUCUGCUGCUUCUACGCCCAGCAGUACGACAUGACUCUGGCCUCGUUCGAGCGCGCCCUCGCUCUGGCCGAAAACGAAGACGAGGCGGCUGACGUCUGGUACAACCUGGGGCACGUCGCCGUGGGGACGGGAGACACGGGUUUGGCCCAUCAGUGCUUCCGGCUGGCUCUGGCCAACAACAACAGCCACGCGGAGGCCUACAACAACCUGGCUGUGCUGGAGAUGCGGAAGGGCCACGUCGAACAGGCAAAAGCACUGUUACAGACUGCAUCAUCUUUAGCACCCCAUAUGUAUGAGCCACAUUUUAAUUUUGCAACAAUCUCUGAUAAGAUUGGAGAUCUACAGAGAAGUUAUGUUGCUGCUCGUAAGUCUGAAGAAGCAUUUCCAGAUCACGUGGAUACGCAACAUUUAAUUGAGCGGUUAAAGCAGCACUUUGCUAUGCUCUGAUUGUUCCUUACACCAAAUGCAUGUUUUUAUGAUGGGGCAUUAUACAAGAGAGGAUCCCUCCCCACCAUAGAAGGAAUUAUCUCCUGGAGGGUGGGCCCCUUGUAGUACAGGCUUCCCCCACUAGGUGGAUGUCCUAGGGACGGACCCACCUGUAUCAGUGUACCAGCAGGUAGCAUUGUGAGAGGCUGCGCUGAGCUUCAGUGAAUUUUUUUUGAAGACUCAGUGCACUUGCCCAUUUCAUCAUGGGUGAUUUCCAAGCACAUCUACCUACACCGUGCUGAGUAUUCAGCAGUUUUUGACCAAAAACGGCGUGACCCCUGUGUUCCAUCCUUCCCAUUUGCCCGGUCUCACCCUGAGUGACUUUUUUUCUGUUUCCCUGGAUGGAAAUAGUCCUCAGAGGGAAACAGUUUGCCGAUGUGGAGGAGGGGAAACGAAAAGCUGCAGAAGCACUAAAAGGCAUCAAAACUGACGAGUCCAAACACUGAGCAGGGCAAAGGCGCCUCGACAGGUGUACUGCAGCAAAUGGAGAGCACUUUGGAGGUGACUGAGUUUAAACAUGUAAGAAUAAAUACACAAGUUUCAAUAAAUUUCUGUUUUGGGGGGUUCCCCCUUAUAUAAUCGUAUAAGGGAAAAAUAGUGUGUGUGAAAACAUAUAUUGAUGUAAUACACACCUGUGCUUGAUAUUAGUGAAGAUGGUAUAAGGGAGUUGAAAUAAGGCUGUAAAUGAAAACUUUUAGAAUACCUCUAUAAUAUUAUGAAAGACAGGAUUUCAGCAUUCGUAAGUAGAUCAUGGAGGCUCUUCCCACAUUACACGGUAGAUGUUUGUUUUUAACGUUUAUAAAACAUUUUCAUGAAUUUCCUCACAUUUUUAUACAUAACACAUUUUUAAUGUUCUUAAGCUUGCCCUUAACUAUCAUGUACCUUAAGAAGCCUGAAAUUUGCUUUUUAACUUGUACUUUUAUGGCUAAAAGUGUGUAUAUUUAUCCUAAUUAGAGACUUAUUUAAAGCUUAAAAAUUGUGUUUAAACUAUUCAUCAAAUGCUUUGUGAGAGGCUCUACAUUUUCUUACGUAUUAUGCUUUAAAAUAAAUCAGUGUGUAAAACACCAUCACUCUGUUACUUUUCAUGAGUUUUUAUCUCAGGUCUAUCAGAUAAAACCAAUCUUUCCGAAGUCCAGUAAUCUUAAAAAUCAAGUCAUUGUUUUAAUUUUAUUUGAAAUGAUGCCCCACCAAGUUGGUUUUUCCCAGAGAAGCUGUUGAUGGGCUCUCACCCUGUUCACACAAGAAUAUCAGGACGAGCAGUGGUGUCGCCGGCCAGCAGUCCCACCUGUGCUCAGCCCCGAGCAGGUCGGGCGGGCGAGGUCCUGUCCGUGCAUUGCAGGUCCCGGAAAGGCUCUGGAACCGUCCCUCCCACAUGAAGGAGCUCUCCUCAAAGUUUCAUACAAGCACCUGUGUCAAAGGGACGGGACCACUCAUGUUUGUAUUUUGGACUUGGGGAUCUGUCCAUGUUAUUUUUCAUUCUUCAACUUCAUGAAAACUAGUUUACAGACGCUUACUUGUUUCUGUUCAAAUUUGUAUAAAUAGUGCUGCUCAGCUGACAGAACAAAACAGGGUGGAUUCAAGGCAUCACAGCUUGCCAGGGGCUGGAAGUGACCCCCGAGAGGAUGUAGAGAAUCUCUGGGUGGGGCAGGGGAAGGAAGUGCCCGGUGGCAUAGGAACGACUGGAACCCACGAUCUUGAUCCUGAGCUUUAGGCUUUAACCUUUCCUGGUUCUGCAGGGUGUGCGAGUACUUGAGUAGCACCAUCCAAUCCCUAAAAACUGUGGUUCAUAUUUAGAUUGGCAUUUUAGAGUGUGAAUCACUUUCUUAGUUAAUUUCAAUUUGGAGCCAGUAACAGUGGCUAGCAUGUACCGAGGAUGUUGUAUACACCCGGCACUGUUCUGAGCACUUGAUGUGGACUGAUUCGUCUAAUUCCCACUGCAGAACUAGGAGGUGCUGUGAUUCCCAUUUUAUGAGAAAAAAAUGAGGCACAGAGAAGUAAUUUGCCCAAGGUUAUAAAGUUCCUAAACAACAGAGCUGAGAUUUAAAUACAAGCCAUGUACCCCCUGACCCCAGUAUGUGCUCUUAACCACUGUGUUGAAUCACCUCUCAGUGUUUCUCCUGUAAAUAAAGCUACUAUCAUUUAAAAUGAAUGUUAUGUGCAUUAGUUAUAUGAAUAAUAAGGGACUAUUCAUACAACAAAAAAAAAUAAAUGAGUCAGUAUUCCUAAGGUGAUACAAGGGUAUUUCUGUCUUGAAUUUAUGUUAAUUCAAUGUGAACGCCAAUGCAAAGAAUGAGUCAGGUUGGCUGAGGGCAGAAGGAUGACAUAACACCGCAUCAGGAGCUGUGCACGUCUUUGUAACAGAAUUAUUUCUGGACUGCAUAAUUUCUGGCUUCUGUGCCAGCAUGUCUAUAAAAGGAAGGUUAACAAUUGUCUUUUACCGUGGCUAAAAAGGUAUUCCAUCCAUAUACAAAUUGUUCAGCCAAAAUUAACAUCAUUGAGCUUCCAACGGAUGGAAAUGAGAUACGGCAAGAAGGCUGCCUGCGCUGAAGAACUGCUGAGGUUGAAGUUCUUCCUUCCCAACUAUGUCACGUCUGAGCCAGUCCGCUACGGCACGCCUGUUCUGUCGCAUUGCUGAAUGCGAGUUCCCAGGAGCGGAGCACCCUUCAGGAUAUUACUCGUGGCCCAGAGUUCAGAAAAUUCAUCAAGAGAACGAGUCACUACCCUUUUAAUGCGGUUUCCACCACCAACUAUUAACAUGAAGGCUUUCAACUGAGAGUGAGUUUAAGCAUUCAGAAAAAAAAAAUAUCCAAAAGAUUCUAGGAGUACUGUGGCAGGACUCAACCUUGAAAUAUAAGGAGCCCAGAAAUUGAGUUUAGGUAAAAGUCCAUACUGUAUAGUUUUAAAUUCUAGGGAAAAGGUAAACUGGAAUGGUUCACACAUAGGUUCCAGAGUUCCAAAAUAGUUAUCUGGGCUCAGAUAUUAGGGGGAAAUUUGUAUUUAGUAAUAUGAAAAUAACUGCAGUUUUACAUUCUCCCAUGUAGAUGGCAUUAGUUCUAUUUUUGGCUGACUAAAAACAUUUUUGAG